UUCGCCAGCGAAGCACCCCCAGGCGGCUCUCAACCGUCGCCAGCGACAGGUGGCGCCCGGCGCCGACGCCCGCCGCCUGCGCUCUUCGCACCUCCAGCCCGAUACAAUCCACCCGGUUCUAACAUGAAAUUUUAAUAUCGGGUUUGUUUAACACAUCGUUCUGCAGUGUUCGGUUUCCUUAAGUGUAAAUUAAAAGUUUAGGAAAUGCGGUUUCUAUUGCAUCUGUCGUGCGCCUCGGAAUUAAGGAUUUAAUUCUAGAACCUUAAUUGUUGAGUUAGUAAAGAAGUGGAGAGAAAAUCGCCAAGGAAUGUAUUGGCGAUGACGCAACGCGCCUCGCGCGGCAUGUCCUGAUGUGAUGGCAUCCAGCCGCACCGCCCUGCUUGCGUUGGCUACUCUCACUGCACUCGCUGGGUGGAGUGUGUGCGCGCCGCAAGGCAGCGUGCAGGGCGGCGCGCAGUUGCCAGGCGUCUCGCACUCUACCGCACCGCCCGCGGGUGUCGGCGGCGUCCGCAGAUUCAGCCAGUAUUCCAGAGGGCGUGGCUAUCGCGAUUGGAGGACCAGGGGUGACCCAACACUCAUCAACUCAUUGUGGAGGAGCAGACAACCGCUGGGAAUUCGGAAACAACUUGGGAACGCGGAGGUGUACAUUGUGCUAGCGUUGCUGAUAGGUGUGGUGACCGUGGUAGUAGGUUGUUGGCUAUCAGACAAUUGCUGGUCUCCAGAACCCGAGGACAUCCUGGCAGGCGGCUGACCCGUGGCGGCGGGCGCGUGCACGCAUGUGUAGCGCCCGCCCUCCGCGGCCGAUCGGGAAAGUCCCUCGGGCGCGGGCUCGCUGUCCCCCGUGCUGCCAGCGCCGGCGCCACCGCCUGCGCGGCCGGCCUUCCUUCACGCCGCUCGCCACCUCUGCAGCGGCACCUGUCUCCACCUCCCGUGUGACAGAAGACAACCCCCACCCUUCUGACAGGAGACUGUGCACCGUUCUUGUCGGGUACACGAAAAAGCUAACGGAAAUCACAUUCCGUUUGUGAGUAACGGUGCGUGCGAUGGCUAAUUACUUAUUAGUGUCUAGUGAAAUGUGGUCGGUGCGAUGACGAAACAGAGCUUUGUUAAUAUUUGUGACGUGUGUGAAUACUUCGAUGCGAAAUUUCGUACUGUAAUUUAAUCUAUGAAUUCACUGUCUCUCGUCGUAGAUCACGCUUCUAGCGGUCGCUCUGAUUUUAUUACUAGGAGAAGUGGUACAGCUGCGAUUUUCAAUGUACCAUUUUACUGUUGUUUCUAAAAUUAUGUGCCUUGAAACGCUUUCCUCUAUUUAAAAUUUAGAUUAGAGAGUGUUUUGAACCCUUUAGAAGAUGUUUCUUCUUUCUGUCGUAAUGGUUAAUCCCGUAUAAGUGCCAUACACAUCAUGACCGUGCCUUUACCGUUCUAUAGACUAUGAGAGGGACGUAAUUUACAAUAGUUCAUAAUGAUAUUUUUAGUUUAUUUGUCUUCUCCUCGAUUAUUUGUCCACCUUCAUUUGUUAUUAUUAGUUAUAUACUAUAGAGGAAAGUGCUAGGACCAGUCUUUAAAAUUUUGUCAAUUGGUUGUACUAAAAUUUGAGUACUAGAGUUACAUUUGUAAACAACGAUACCAUUAUGGAUAAUCAAUUUAGGGGACACUGUAAAGUUUUGAAGUUUUUUAACAUGAGAAACCUAUUUAUAUAAAAUUGGUACUAUUGUGUAGAUUACGUGCAGCCUUAUUGUAAAGCAUUCUAAACGAAUAAAUUGAA